AUGGAUUUCCACCCCAGCGAGCGUCCAUCCGAGUGCGAUCUCUUCAAAUUCGAGCGAUUCGAUAAGGGCUAUGAUGCGGAAGAUAUAUGCUGUGUUGUCUGUGGUGCCCCAAGCUUUGUGGUGGAAGCAGAAGUGCGAAACAAGAAUCUUGAGAGGUACAAGUGGUUUGUACCGCAGGCCAUCCGAGCCAAAAAUUAUCACUACGAGAAAGAUUGGGAUAUUGCGAGCCUGCCAAAUCAUGAUCUACCGCUAGAAGUACUCGGGAUAGAUGAGAUUUCUGAUUCCUUAGAGAUCGAGAUCGACGGUGUGCAUUAUGGGGAGCGGUUGUCAAGAUUAGAACCAGUGAGUUAUUGGGAGCACUCGUCGAAAUUAGUCCACGAUCUAUAUACGGAGUACCCGGUGCAUUCCGAUUAUCCCCUUGGACGCAACGGCUCGUUUCACCCCCGACGUAUAAUUGAGCCACAUUUCUAUUACUUUCGGGACACCAACCUCUUUCACAAUGUCGCGUGGGCUUUUGGAGACCAGAAGGUCUAUGAAUACGAAAUGGCACUAUAUCCCAUACCAGGACUCACUCAGGAGAUCCUUUCAUAUCUGCGACCUCUUCCACUCUCCUUGCAAGGACAAUCUGGUAUAUCUCGUGAACUGGAGGCACUACCCACUGAGCUCCAAGACAUGAUUUAUAAAAAUUUACACCCGUUUAUCAACCCGGAGCAGACAUGCACUUAUUCCUUACCGUCAAGGCUGUGGCGUGACUUGCUUUUCAAUCGGCAGAUCUUACCAUGGCUUUGGGAUUUGGACAUCUCCGCCCUACAGAGCUGCCCUCUGACAUCCGAUGCGGUGGACGUUCCGACAUUUGAAGCAGAAGAAUUCUGGGAUUGGGAGAGCCUUGUUCGCAACCUUGCACAAGUGGAGGUGUUCGAACCGGGGCAACCUUUAGAGCAUGCUCCCCUCCGCCUGCGUAAUCGUCGGCGGAUCUGGAGACUACUAGAGGAGGCCGAGGACGAAGAUAUUGAGGAGUGGCUCGAGAUUCAUGUGUACAAGAGAAAAUGA